UUAUUUUUCAAUUUUAUUUUAAAUCUCCAUUGUGCACGGCGCUGGUGCAUCAGUGGGCUCCAUGACUGGGACGCCGUGCUGGGGUUUGGUCGCUGAUUCCUGAUGGCUCAUCUCCUCCAGCAGCAGCAGGCAGUGUUUCUGAUUUUGUAGGUGAUGAGGGAGAUGGAUAGGCAGAGCCCAGAAGAGAAGCAAGCAAGCACUAGCAAAACAGCAGCUGCCACAUCAGCAGCCAUCACCAUGGCAAUGGUCAGCUCCAGCAGCAGCAGCUCUCCCUCCUCUUCCCUCGGCAUCAUCCCACCGGACAGACAGGCCGUCCAGCAGGUGAUCCAGCACGCCCUGCACAGACCUCAGAGCAUGGCCGCGCAGUACCUUCAUCAGAUAUAUGCAGCCCAGCAGGAGCACUUCAUGCUGCAGACAGCAGCCCUGCAGCAGCACCAGCAGCCCUCCCACCUGCAGACUCUGGCCACCAUACAGCAGGCUUCACUUUGCCAAAGACAUCCACCUUCCUCAUCCAGUAGCAAUUUGAAUAAGCCUGCAGGUGUGUCCCAAAACUCUAUCACUUUACCAUCAUCUCCAGUGACAGCCCAGCUAAUGGGCCGAACUCAAACAUCAACUGCUGCGGCAACCACUAUAUCCCAGCAGGCCAUGCUUCUGGGAAACAGACCCAGCAACUGUAACCAAGCACAGAUGUACCUUCGAACCCAGAUGUUGAUUCUCACUCCUGCAGCCACCGUCGCUGCAGUACAGUCGGACCUCCCUGCUGUGACUUCCUGCUCACCUACCUCAUCUCAGAGUUUGGCGCUGUGUGCCCAUUUGCCUGGAGCUCUGGCUACAGCCCACAGCGUCAUCUUAAAGCCAUCGAGCCAGUCUCCAGCUCUGUCUCAAGCUGCUCCUUCGUCCAAAACGGCGAUGGGUGCACUGAAGACCAACCAGCUGACCGACACAGCAACAGAAACAGGGCCGUCAGACGUCCCCCGGCUGGCGCUGGGGCCUCAGAUUAUAACCCCAGCCUUCUCUCCCAUGCACACUCAGACUCUGGUGAAGCAGCAGCUGUCCGGUCCACCGGGCCAGCGGGUGGCACAUCACCAGCUCAUCCUCCAGCAGGGAACAGGAGCAGCUCCCAGCCACAGACAUCUCCAGCCCAUCGCCCUUCGAGUAGCACCACAACACACCAACUCCACCCCUCUCCCUCUUUCUGUCAAGAGAACGAGCGCUCUCACCACCCAAUCAAGAAAUGACCCUUCAGCUUCGUCGUCUUCCUCUUCUCCGUCCGGUGUGUUUGUAUCAUCCGCUCAGACCUCGGUCUCGACCGCCACCGUCCAGCCUCAGCCUCCUCCUCUCUUGGCGGCUCCGCAGCGGAGGACCUCCGUCCCACACACGCAGGAUCAGCCUCCUCCUCCUCCUCCUCCUCUGCUUCUCCCCAGGCUUCCCCACAACCCGCCCAGCUCUCUUCACAGACUGUCCUUCCAUUCGGCCCAAGCUUUGUCGGUUCAAUCAAGGCAGGUUCUGCUCACAGAGCAGGAGCUGCCUGUGGCCGAGGCUCUGGUCCAGAUGCCUUACCAGAACCUGCCCCCUCCUCAGACCGUGGCUGUUGAUCUGAAAGUGCAUACAGUCAGGCAGCAAGAAUCCCAGUCUUUGGAGCAAACUUGCAAAGUGAAAAUAGCAAGCUCAAAGGAGGAGAAGGAGGAGAAAGAUUUUCCAAGUCCUCAAAGAGAGAGGACUUCCACACCACUAGUGUCUCCCAAGAAGGAUGGUGCAGUAGUGAUGGAUUCGUCCUCCGCCACCUCCCGUCAACCAGCAACGAUGUCACCGCAGGUGCAGGAGACAUGUCCACCCAUCACCACCAUGUCCUCCAUCAGCAGCGGCGGCAACGCUACACCCCCGCCCCCACCUCCUCUUCCUCCUUCUCCUUCCCCUCCUCCCCCUCCUCCUGUCCUCCCCGCCGCUGCGGUGAGAGUCUCCAGCCGGCCCCCUUCAGCCCCAGCCAGCCUCCCAGGAAGCCCCGACAGGUCAACUCAGGUCCUCACGCACCUCGUAGACGGAUUCGUCAUUCGAGAGGGCCUGGAGCCAUUUCCGGUGAACCAGUCUUCGCUGUUAGCAGAGGAGCAGCAGGCUUCACUUCCUGAAUGCCAGCAGACACAGAUCAAUGGGGAUGCAGCAGAGGACAGUCCUCUGGAUGCUGACCAGUCAGAUACAACGGACUCUGAGAUGGAAAACGAUGGGCCUGCAGCAGAUGUUGCAGAGCUCAGGGAAACGGCAGCUGCCAUGCUGCAAUGCGAGUACUGCGGAGGCAGAGGUUAUGCUCAGAGUUUCCUGAGCUCCAACCGCUUCUGCUCCAUGACAUGUGUAAAAAGGUUCAAUGUGAAAUGCACAAAACGAAUCCCGGUGCUGCGAGCAGGGCGUUGGGUCCACAGGUCGUCGGGCAGGAGAGGGCGACCGCCCACCAGAGCUAAUAGAGUUUCUAGAGAACACUUCCGAAGACAGGCCCGUGGGACACUGAGCUCAGAAAAGACUCAGCAGACUUUACAAGUACAGGAAGAGGAACGCCAAGAGGAGGAAGACGAGGAAGAGGAGCCACCCGUUCCCAUGACGACUAGACUACGAAAGCAGCGGGAGCAAGGAAGAGCGAUGGAGCAGGAGAGAACAGAAAUAAUCACAAUAUCUGACAGAGAGGAAGAGGAGAACUCUCCAUCUCAGUGGAACGUGGAGCAAGUGUUUUCUUACAUUAACACUCUGCCAGGUGGUCCAGAUGUUGCUGAGAAGUUUCGAUCCCAAGAGAUAGAUGGACAGGCUUUGCUGCUCCUCACCGAGGAGCACCUCGUCAGCACCAUGAACCUGAGACUGGGACCUGCUCUGAAACUCUGUGCCCACAUUAACUCUCUCAAAGAGACAUAAAGGGGCAACAAUCCCGCUCAGAGAUCGCGUUUGUGUUGAUCGGGACCAGGAUCCACAACGAUUUGUCUCUUUGUUAUUUUCAAAGACAAGUCAUAAGAUUGAAGCCAGGAACUUGUGUUCAUCUCUCAAGGUUCCCCGUCAACGUUUCAUACUGGAUCUUUAACAUGAUGACGACCAGCUCUUUUUCUCGCCUUUUCUCAUUGUUUCUAACCUAAAGUUAGGUUUUGGAUAGCCAUUUGUUUCAAAAUGGUUUUAAAAGUUUGAAUUAAUACUUUAUCAUUUGUAAGUUUACAAAAUAAAUGACUGCCUCUCAUCGUGGAUACUGGAUACACUGAUCACUUGCAAGCUGUUAUAAUAAAUUAUA